AUGUCCGGAAACCCAGGUGAGGAGAACGCAGAGUUGGACAAGCAAGUCGAGCAAUGGAAGAUCAAGAAGUUGAUCAAGAACCUCGAGGCUGCCAGAGGUAAUGGAACAUCUAUGAUCUCUUUGAUCAUUCGUCCAGGUGAUCAGAUCGCAAAGGUGUCAAAGAUGCUUGCUGAUGAGUUUGGAACUGCUUCGAACAUUAAGUCUAGAGUGAAUAGAUUGUCGGUGCUCGGCGCCAUCACGUCGACCCAGCAGCGUCUCAAGUUGUAUAACCGUGUGCCAGAGAACGGACUGGUGAUCUACUGUGGCACGAUCAUGACGGACGAGGGCAAGGAGAAGAAGGUCAACAUCGACAUUGAGCCAUUCAAGCCCAUCAACACGUCGCUCUACCUGUGCGACAACAAGUUCCACACGGCCGCUCUUGGCGAGCUGCUCGAGUCGGACGAGAAGUUUGGAUUCAUCAUUGUCGACGGUAACGGAGCCUUGUUCGGUGUGCUGUGCGGUAGCACCCGUACCGUCCUCCACAAGAUCACAGUCGAUCUGCCCAAGAAGCACGGCAGAGGAGGUCAGUCUGCCCUUCGUUUCGCCCGUCUUCGUCUCGAGAAGCGUCACAACUACGUCCGCAAGGUGUCUGAGCUUGCUACUCAGUUCUACAUUACCAAUGAUAGACCAAACGUUAGUGGACUGAUCAUUGCCGGUAGUGCUGACUUUAAGAAUGAUUUGAACACUUCUGAUAUGUUCGAUCAGCGUCUUCGUGAGAAGGUGUUGAAGAUUGUCGAUGUGUCUUAUGGUGGCGACAAUGGAUUCAACCAGGCUAUUGAGCUGUCGGCCGAGGUGCUGUCCAACGUCAAGUUUGUCCAGGAGAAGAAGCUGAUCACCGCCUUCUUUGACGAGAUUGCGCAGGACAGUGGCAAGGUGUGCUUUGGUGUGGCCGACACCAUCAAGGCGCUGGACAUGGGCGCCGUGCUCACCCUCAUCGUCUUUGAGAACCUCGAGGUGACACGUUACGUCAUCCGUCUGCCAACGCACGACAAGGACACCGUGCUCUACCUGACCAAGGACCAGGAGAAGGACCAGUCUUUCAUGAAGGACCCCGAGUCGGGUCUCGAGUACGAGAUGGUCGACCAGAUGCCCCUGGUCGAGUGGUUCGCCAACAACUACCGCUCGUUCGGUGCUCACCUCGAGUUCAUCUCCAACCGUUCACAGGAGGGCUCGCAGUUCACCAAGGGUUUCGGAGGUCUCGGUGGCAUUCUGCGCUACAAGCUCGACCUCGCCACACUCAACGACUACGACAACCUAGGUGAGGAGAACGAGUUUGACUCUUCCGACAGCGACUUUUGA